GGUGGGCGGAGUCAGUGCUGCUGCUGCUGCCGGCGCCAUCUUCUCUCGCUCUCACCUCACACACGCACACGGAGAGCUGCUCCCCUGACAUGGCCGACUACUCCACCGUACCUCCCCCCAGCGGGGGCUCCGCCGCCGGGGUCAACGACGCCUUCAAGGACGCGCUCCAGCGGGCGAGACAGAUUGCUGCGAAGAUCGGAGGUGAUGCCGGGCCAACCAUCAAUUCAAACGACUAUGGCUUUAGCGGGCAGAAGAGGCCGCUUGAUGACGGAGAUCAACCAGAGGCAAAGAAAGUUGCUCCUACAAAUGACUCAUUCGCCCCUCCGAUGCCCUCCAUGCACCAGCAACAGAGGUCUGUUCUUACUGAAGAAUACAAGGUUCCAGAUGGAAUGGUGGGAUUCAUAAUUGGCAGAGGCGGAGAACAGAUAUCGCGCAUUCAGCAAGAAUCCGGAUGUAAGAUACAAAUCGCUCCUGAUAGCGGCGGCAUGCCUGACCGAUCCUGCAUGUUAACCGGUACCCCUGAUUCAGUCCAAGGGGCGAAGAGGCUUCUCGAUCAGAUUGUUGAAAAGGGAAGGCCGACACCAGGAUACCAUCAUGGAGACGGCCCAGGAAAUGCUGUUCAGGAAAUCAUGAUCCCAGCCAGUAAAGCCGGCCUGGUUAUUGGAAAAGGAGGAGAGACAAUCAAACAACUUCAGGAACGUGCAGGGGUUAAAAUGGUGAUGAUUCAAGAUGGACCCCAGAACACGGGAUCAGACAAGCCAUUACGAAUUACAGGGGAUCCAUACAAAGUGCAGCAAGCAAAGGAUAUGGUAUUAGAAUUAAUACGUGACCAGGGAGGUUUCAGAGAAACCAGGAAUGAGUAUGGCUCAAGAAUAGGCGGAAACGAAGGGAUAGAUGUCCCAAUACCGCGGUUUGCAGUUGGAAUUGUAAUAGGAAGAAAUGGAGAAAUGAUCAAGAAAAUCCAGAAUGAUGCAGGUGUUAGGAUACAGUUUAAACCAGAUGAUGGUUCAACUCCAGAAAGAAUAGCUCAGAUCACCGGCCCCCCGGACAGAUGUCAGCACGCAGCGGAGAUUAUCACAGAUCUACUGCGCAGUGUACAGUCCGGGAAUGGUGGUGGACCCGGUGGUCCAGGUGGAAGGGGCAGGGGAAGAGGACAAGGCAACUGGAACAUGGGCCCUCCGGGAGGGCUGCAAGAGUUUAACUUUGUUGUCCCCACUGUAAAAACUGGGCUCAUAAUUGGAAAAGGGGGCGAAACUAUUAAAAACAUAAGUCAGCAGUCUGGAGCCAGAAUCGAGCUUCAGAGAAACCCUCCACCAAAUUCAGACCCAAACAUGAAGCUGUUUACGGUCCGUGGUUCGCCGCAGCAAAUAGACUUCGCACGGCAACUUAUUGAAGAGAAGAUUGGGGAUACUUACUCAAUGUAUUCUGAACAGGGUCCAGUAAAUCCAUUGGGUCCCCCAGUUCCUCAUGGACCUCCUGGUGGUGUGCCCGGCCCCCAUGGACCUCCUGGACCCCCUGGCCCUGGUGCUCCUAUGGGACCCUACAACCCUCCACCUUACAACCCGGGUCCACCAGGACCUGCUCCUCAUGGCCCUCCUGCACAGUAUGCCCCUCAGGGCUGGGGCAAUACAUACCCCCACUGGCAACAACAAGCCCAGCCAGACCCAAGUAAAGCAGGAACAGACCCCAAUUCUGCAGCGUGGGCAACUUAUUAUGCUCAUUAUUACCAACAGCAAGUACCCCAGCCACCUGCAGCUCCUUCUGCUGGACCAAGUACAACCCAAACUAAUGGACAAGUUGAGCAGCCAGCUGCACCUCAAGCUGGACAAGUGGACUAUACAAAAGCUUGGGAAGAGUAUUACAAAAAAAUGGGCCAGCAAGCACCACCCCAAGAUUAUUCAAAAGCAUGGGAAGAAUACUACAAAAAACAAGGGCAAACGGUUCCAACUCCAGGUGCAGCCCCCCCUGCUGGUCAAGCAGACUACAGCGCUGCAUGGGCAGAGUACUACAGACAGCAGGCGGCAUAUUAUGCCCAGACAAGCCCACAAGGAAUUCCACAACACGCACCCGCACCACAGGUCUAAAAUAUCUAUAUAGUUGGAAAGAGUGAAAUAUAAAUGCCUCAGUGCCUUCCCAGAUCUUCCACCUUAGGUUCUGCUGCACAAUGUGUCAGGUAAGCACAACCUAAGGAAGUAAAUUUACCUGAUAUCAAUGAUGUUGUCCCUUUAAGGUUUGUGCUUAUGUAUGCUAAAAUCUGCUCCACCAAAUGUCUUUGGACUGCAUAUUAUGCUGUUGGUUAGGGAGGUGUUACUAAAAGGUUUUCUUGUUUGCAUCGCCCUUGCCUGUUACAAGUAGUCUUUAUUGUAGUGCAAGGACCUAGAAAUGUCAGUGUUUUUUCCUGCCACACUUCUCAAGCUUAUUAACCAUACAAUGGCGGAUAUAUUAUGUCAUGGUUUUCUAUGCCAAUUGCUGACUGUAUUUCAAUGAGCAGAGUAUGAUCUUGUUGUCUUUUUCUUUUUUUAAAGAUCAUUUUUUUUUCUUCACUUGCAUUUUUACUGUAACAGAAUGUACUGAUGCUAUCACUAUAGUCCUGCUUUAUUCUGUACAUUUAAAGUUUCAAAAUCCUGCCUUCAUUUUCACACACAGUGCUGAAGAUGCUGCAAGUGAUAGCUUCUUAUAAUCAGGUCCUGAGGUAGCCCCCACCCCUAAGGAGGAAUCCUUUCUGUGUAUGCCAUUGGUGAGCCGAUGCGCAUGGACGUAGAAGGGCUCUCAUGUAGAAGGUAACGCUGUAAUGAUGCAUAAUAGUGCAGACUGUCUUUCAUCACUAUUGAUGCUUUUAUAAAGUAUUUUGCCCUCUACAAUAUUACUGUCAUACAGUAUUGUUCAUACCGCUGGCAUUAAUGUUCCUAGUGUUCUUGAUUUCUAUUUACAUGAGCCUGACCUUUGUGACGUGUUGUAAUUUGCUGCAAUUGGAUGUAGGACUGUAACUGUUAUUUCUGUAGGACACUUGUUUGCAGAUUAGUUUUUCUAGACUGACUACUUUGUGUUUCCUUUUAACACCUGUUCGAAUGCUGAUGUCCAAUGACCACUCCGUUACUUGCUUUUAAACCCAUUUUUAGCACCAGUAUGAAGACUAUAGCACAUUAUGUAGAUCAUUAAUGCAAUUUUUUUUUUUUUGUGAAAGCUCUUGUAAUCUCCAAUAUAUUGAUAUGAAGAUUGUUGUACCUAGAAUUUUCAGACCAUAAAUCUUCUGAAUUGGUUUUUACUAUGAGUUAUCCAACAAAUGUAAAUUUCUAACUGGGUUUAUGGGGGGUGGACCUUGCAAAUAAUGCCGUAUAGUUAGACCUUAAUGCAAAGUCUGUUUCUAGAGCCUCUCUCAAUCUGUUUAUUUUUUACUCCUUGAGAUGCAGAUGGCGCUAUUAGUGUAAUGUUUGAGUUUGUAUAAAAAAUGUGUAUUGCGCUUGAUG